UCGAAUCAAAUAGGAAACAUAUUUCAAACGCGUGUCUGUAAAAGUGAGCCAAUUGUGACCCAGAAAGUUUUGCCCGCAAUAUAGCUACAAUGACAGACUACGCUAACGAUCCCGCGGUGAGCAAUCUGCGCGAUUACCUCCAAAUACGCAGCGUCCAUCCCGAUAUUAAUUACGAUGAGUGCAUCACGUAUCUAAGACGUCAGGCCGCCGACCUGGGUCUGCCUGCCCAGGUUUACGAGGUGAAGCCUAAGAAGCCAGUGCUCGUGAUGACCUGGGAAGGCCUCGAACCCAGCCUGCCGAGCAUACUUCUCAACUCGCAUAUGGACGUCGUUCCAGUUUUCGAGAAAAGUUGGACCUAUCCCCCGUUCGAGGCGCGCAUAGUAGAUGGUGUGAUUUACGCACGAGGAGUUCAGGACAUGAAGACCACGGGCAUCCAGUACAUCGAGACGGUGCGGCGGCUCAAGGAAAAGGGUAUCCGGUUGAAGAGGACCGUGCAUUUGAGCUUCGUACCGGAUGAAGAGGUGGGUGGACAUAAUGGCAUGAGCGAAUUCGUGAGGUCUGACCACUACAAGCAGAUGAACGUGGGGUUCGCACUUGACGAAGGUCUGGCCAGUCCCGAUGACAACUUCGUGGUCUACAACGCUGAGAGGAGUAUUUGGCACGUUACGGUUACGUGCCCUGGAAAAUCUGGUCACGGCUCACUUUUACUUCCGGACAACUGCGGGGAAAAGAUUCGCUAUAUCAUCGAUAAAUUCAUGGACUACCGGAGAGAGUCGAAAGCGAAACUGGAUAGUGAUCCCGGAUUGACCAUUGGAGAUGUCACUUCUGUCAACCUCACCAUGCUACAUGGUGGCAUCCAGAACAAUGUUAUACCGGAGAAAUUAACCGCAAGCUUCGAUCUUCGUUUAGCUCUGUCUGUCAAUUUUGAAGAAUUUGAAAACAUGAUAAAACAGUGGUGCGCGGAAGCAGGCGAUUCUGUGACGUAUGAGUUUGAACAGAAGGACCAUUACGUUGCACCCACUAGCGUAGACGACACCAAUCCCUACUGGAUUGCCUUUAAAGCUGCUAUCGAGAAACUAAGCGUCCCGUUAAAAGUGCGCACAUUCCCGGGCGGUACGGAUUCGCGCUUCAUACGUCUUCAGGGCGUUAGUGCUCUCGGUUUUUUCCCGUACCGACGCACGGUGCCUGGACUUCACGAGCACAAUGAAAGCCUACGCGUUUCCGAAUUCAUCAACGGCAUUGCGGUGUACGAAGACAUUAUACCAGCUCUUGCUAAUGCAUAAGAACCUCUACUGAAUAAAACCCGUUCAUACGUAGAGUGUCUUACUGCUGUUUUAUAUGCGGAAUAUAAAAAUAUAUACAGGGUUCCAUAAAAAUACUAGAAAGCUCUCAGGCUUGUAGUCUCUAUCAUUAAAACUAACAACUUUUGUUUUACAACUUUUGAAAAUUCAGUAUAAAUUAUUUCAUAUAAAAAAAAAGUAAUUUCUGUAAAGUGACAUUACACUGUGAAACCAAAUACAUGUAUCUGUUGACAAAUAACUGUAAGAACGCACGUUACAGUCGUAGUUUGUGCGCUGUUGCCGAUGGUACAUUACAGAGUAGUAACAAGUAGAGUAUCUAUGUAAAAUAUUAAAUGUUGAAUAUUUCACAAACUAUCGAGUUAAA